CGGCGGCGGCAAAGGGCGUACACCCGGGUUGCGCGUCCUGGGGAGAGAGCGAGAGGUCCGGCCAUGAACCUGGGAGAUGGUUUAAAGCUUGAAACUGAAUUGUUGGAUGGAAAAACCAAGUUAAUAUUGUCUCCAUAUGAAUGUAAAUCAAAAAAUUCUGUGAAGAUGGGAAAUAAGACCAAGAUUGCAAAAUGUCCUUUAAGAACAAAACAAACUGGAUACAUUCUAAAAUCAACCCAAAAUACUUGUAUCAGGAGUGGAAAACUUUUGCAAAAGAAGAGAAUGGGUUCAGAAACUUCACUGGCAAAAGGUGAAAAAAAUAGUAUGACUUUUUCACCCACUAAGGAUUUAUGCAAGCAGUAUGUAGAUAAAGAUUGUCUUUAUGUCCAGAAAGAGAUUUCACCUGCAACCCCCAGUAUACAGAAGGCUAGAAACACCAAAAAUACAUCUGUAGUAGCUAAACAGAAGCUUUGCAAAAAACACAUUACAGCUGAAAAUAUGAAGAGCAGUUUGGUGUGUCUAACACAAGACCAACUACAACAGAUUUUGAUGACUGUGAACCAAGGAAAUAAAUGUAUUUCCCUGAUUGAAAAUGGAAAGGAAGAAACAAGUCAGGGCAGUCUACGUUUAAACAAUAUUUCCAGUCAGCCAGAGGAUGAGAAAAUUAUGGGAGUAUUCCAAAAAACUGAGGCUCUUUCAUCUGUCCUGGAUGAAAAUAAAUCUGUUUUAAAUAAAAAUCAAGAGACAUCUAAGCAGUAUGAGCAGAAAAUUGCCAUAGAGAAUGUAUGGAAACCAGCUGACAUAUUCAGUACUCUGGGGGAAAGAGAACGUGACAGAAGUUUGUUGGAAGCAAAAAAAGCCCAGUGGAAGAAAGAGCUUGAUGAACAGGUUGCUUUAAAGAAGAAAGAAAAAGAAGCUUCUGAAAAACGGAACAAUCCGUGGAAAAAAUUUGAAAGUGAUAAAAUAGUAUGGGAAAAAUUUCAAAUUCUUGACCAAUCUAAGACUUGUGGUAGCUCUUCCAGCAUUCUCUCACAGUCUCCUAUUCAGAUAACAGUGGUCCAGUCUGAUGGGCACCCACUACCUAGAGCUAGUCAGAUUUUAGAGGAAGCAGUACCACCGGAGCAACCUUUCAGUGCCAUUAAACAAGAACAGCAGAGGAAAUGGAUUGAAGAUUUGAACAGGCAAAUAGAAGAUGAUCGGCAAAGAAAAAUAGAGGAAAAAAUUACAUCUUCAAAGGGUGAGGAACAUGACAGAUGGGCAAUGCAUUUUGAUUCAUUAAAGAACUAUCCUGCUUCUCAGUCUCAACUGUCCUCUCAGUCAACACACAACCAACCAGAGUACUUCUGUGUCUCUCCGGACACUCAGGAACUGGCUGAUAUCAGCAGUGUUUAUACACCUAUGACUGGAAGUCAGGUUGAACCUUCAGAGGAGGAGCAUAUAGCAAAACCUGUUAGAGAUAAGGCCGUGGCAAACAGUCAGAAAACAAACUUUCUCCGUUCUAUGACUGCUCUCUUGGAUCCAGCUCAGAUUGAAGAACGUGACAGGCGACGACAAAAACAGUUAGAACAUCAGAAAGCCAUCACUGCUCAGGUAGAAGAGAAACGCAGGAAGAAGCAGCUGGAAGAACAGCAAAGAAAGAAGGAAGAACAAGAAGAGGAGCGUCGCUUAGCACGGGAGCGAGAAGAGAUGCAGAAACAAUAUGAAGAAGACAUACUUAAGCAAAAACAAAAGGAAGAAAUUAUGACUCUCAAGACAAAUGAGCUAUUCCAGACAAUGCAGAGAGCACAGGAGCUAGCACAGAGGCUGAAACAAGAACAGAGGAUCCGAGAAUUGGCUCAAAAGGGACAUGACACUUCUGGAUUGAUUAAAAAUCUUGGCGGAAAGAUGUUAGGGUUCGAAGCCGACAGCCGAGGAAGAAUUCUUGAGAUGUUUUUGGUGCAAAAAGGUGGUUUUAUGAAAGCACGGAGACAGGACCCUUGGGCAGAAAGAGCAUUGAUAAAAGUGGAAUAUAAUGCAUCUACUAACAACAUUUCAAAUUUAGGACAUGGCUUGGAUGAUGUCAGUGGUAAAAAGAAUACAUGUAUCAGUUCUACAACUUCUCCCAAAAAAGAUACUGCUGUACAAACAGAUGACUUAAAUACAGAAACAUUCACCAAUGCAGAAUCAUGCUGUGGAACAGUAAUAGAGAGGGAAAUUCUAAAUUGUUCAUCUCCUGAGAUUCCUGCAGAAUUUAAUGAACAGUUUAACACUAAGAAAGACAAAGAGGAACUUACAAUAAAUCAGGUUAAAGGAGUCAACUUAGAAAAAGAAAACAGUUGGCAUAAUGAUCAGUGUAAUGAGUUUGGAAGGACAGAGAAAACACCUAUGAAGAAAUGUCCUAAAAGGCCUGAUUGGAAUAUAAAUAAACCACUCAAAAGGUAUAUUCCAGCAUCAGAAAAGUACCCUAAACAGCUUCAAAAGCAGAGAGAAGAAAAAAAAGUAAGAAGGCAGAUGGAACUGCUUAAUUUGGUAGAAAGAAAUAAUCCUGGACAUCUCUCUCAAAAUAGAGGCACUUCACCAGUUCUUCCUUCAUCUCAAGAAACAGAGUCAAGGUUCAGGUGGCAUCUAAUCAAAAAGGAAGAAGAGCCUCUGAAAAUUAAUUCUUUCGGCAAGGAAAGGUCUCAGUCACCACCACCAGUUCCAGUGGUGAAAAACAGAGCGCAACAAACUCAGACACUAAAAAACCGUAAUUAUGAAAGAGAGAAUCUGAUCUUAGAAGAUAGUCAAACAGAAACAUCACCUGGGCUUUCUGAACCAUCUCAUUUCAUCCCCUAUGUCCGAACCAGUGAGAUUUAUUACCUUGACCCAGAUGCACCUCUCUCUAGGCCUUUAACCCAGGAUCUUCAAUACCAAACUCCACAUGACUGUGACCAAGAACACCGGCAGCUAUUGGAUUCUGAUGUCAGAGACCCACUUCUUAAUCCUAACUUGGUGAAAAACAGGGAUCGACAGCAAGCAAUCCUUAAGGGACUAUCGGAACUGAGACAGGGCCUUCUCCAGAAGCAAAGGGAAUUGGAAACUAAUCUCAUGCCUUUAGCUGCAAAUCAAGAAGAGAAUUUUAAUUCUUCAUUUUAAAUGUAGAAAAUCAAAUCCUUCACAUUUGUUGCUUCUGAAUUAUAAAAUGUGUUCAUUGCAUAACUGUAUUUUCCAAAAUUUUAAAAAUGCUUAUUUAAAACUUGUACGUUAUGUAGUACAACGCUGUGUGUGUGUGUGUAUAUAUUUUUUUACAAUAAAACAGACAUUUUUGUAAA